AUGGAUGUUGGAGAAGAUCUUGACCUUCGAUCGGCUUGGUUGGAUCAGGAGAAGAACUCAAGUAAAGUGUUGUGCUCACGCCUCAACAACGAGGCAUCCAUGGUGAAAUCCCUCGUGGCAGAUCGGGUCUCACUCCUAGUCCAAGCCACCUCAACAGUGACGAUCGCCAUGGUGAUGGGUCUCAUUGUGGCGUGGAAGCUGGCUCUGGUCAUGAUCAUCGUCCAAGAGGCGCUAAGGAAAAAAUCGUGGAUGGAUGGAUUCGAAAUCGAUUCUGCUCAGUGCUUGACGUUCAUGUCGUGGGCAUUGGAUUUCUGGCCAUUGGGUUCUACUCAAAAGAAUAAUGAGGAGGGAGGAGACUUUUGGGAAAGUUGGUUUUAA